UACAACCAAACCAAACAACUGAAGGCCAUUAUGCAUGCACCUCAGAUGCCUUUUUUUGUGUGGAAAAUGUACUUUGGAAAAUGUAGGUUGUGAUAGCUUAAAUGCUAUUAGGUAAAAAUGUGUUCUAAAGUUAUAUCAGAGCAAUGGGAAUUAAAUAUCCUGUGUGUUUGCGUGCGUACGUGCGAACAGGGGCUAAAGCUGAGGAGGUUGCCUCGAUGAACGGGUUAACAGUUAUUCUGCAUAUUCUGCUGCUGUUUUUUUACAAACCUACAGCAAAACGUCCCAAAAUCCUUCUUGAGGACAAGGCUUUCCCCUCAGACCAUUUAUGCUGUGGAAUCUCAGAUCCAGUUGAGCAGAGCAUGCUGUUCAUGAAGCCCAGACCGGGCGAGGAGGUGCUGAGAGCUGAGGACAUUCUGGACACGAUAGAAAAGGAGGGAGAUUCCAUUGCAGUGGUCCUGUUCAGUGGAGUGCAGUGUUACACCGGACAGUUCUUUGAUAUGGUCGCCAUCACUAAAGCAGGGCAGAAGAAGGGCUGCUACGUUGGAUUCGACUGUGCACACGCAGUGGGCAAUGCAGAGCUGAAACUGCAUGACUGGGGAGUGGACUUUGCCUGCUUGUGCUCCUACAAGGUCAGCAUUGGGGUUUGUGUGGCGAAAUCAAGGCAAAUGAACUGCUGGCAGUGGCUUCACUCUGUUUCCUGUCCAACACCUGCUGACACAGGAAGACAACAAUAUUAUGUGAAUUCUGGAGCUGGUGGACUGGCUGGAGCUUUUAUCCAUGAGAAGAAUACACAUACAGUCAAGCCUGCGCUCACGGGAUGGUGGGGACAUAACUUGAAAACAAGGUUCCGCAUGGAUAAUGAAAUUGAUCUACUGCCUGGUAUAAGUGGCUUUCGGCUAUCAAACCAACCCAUCCUGCUGGUGUGUCCACUGCAAGCUAGUUUAGAGUUGUCAAUCUUUAGGACCAGUAUAGCAGCUCUGAGGAAGAAGUCCAGACUUCUGACGGGUUACUUGGAGUGUCUGAUCCAGCACUACUACAACAAGGACGAGUCCCAGCCUCACAAGCCCUACGUCCAUAUCAUCACUCCCUCCCACCCUGAAGAACGAGGCUGCCAACUCUCCCUCUCUUUCUCUGUCCCCAUCGCAGCCGUAUUCCAGGAGCUGGAGAAGAGGGGCGUCGCUUGUGACAUGAGGGAACCCAACAUUCUGCGCAUCGCUCCGGUGCCCCUCUACAACUCCUUUAGUGACAUACACCGCUUCAUCACUGUUCUAGGAUCAUCUCUGGCUGCCAGCAAAGAACUACAAGAAUGAUAGAAACAGUCUUUUAUUAUUACCCCACCUUUCAGAGUAUUUUUGUCAGUGCAGUAUAAAAACAGCCUGUUUUUAUCGACAAUGUGCUGGAGUCACUGACAGGUCUUCUGAACUACUGUCCUAAAGAAUUGCAAUAUGCUUUGCCUAGGCUACUCAGUAAAACAAAAUUGGUUGGAAUAAUUUAGUGAGACAAAGUUUGUUACUAUACACUGUCAAAUAAAAGCAAAUAGUAAAUUACUGUGAAUCUCAAUUCAAGAUGA